AUGUCUGCCCCCGCCCACAAGUUCAAGGUUGCCGACAUCAGUCUUGCGGCGUUCGGUCGCCGCGAGAUUGAGCUCGCCGAGAACGAGAUGCCUGGUCUGAUGGAGACUCGCCGCAAGUACGCUGAGGACCAGCCAUUGAAGGGCGCCCGCAUUGCUGGAUGUCUGCACAUGACCAUCCAGACUGCCGUUCUCAUCGAGACCCUCAAGUCCCUCGGUGCUGAGCUCACCUGGACAUCCUGCAACAUCUUCUCCACCCAGGACCACGCUGCCGCUGCCAUUGCCGCCGCCGGCGUACCUGUCUUCGCCUGGAAGGGCGAGACCGAGGAGGAAUACGAGUGGUGCCUUGAGCAGCAACUCACAGCUUUCAAGGACGGCAAGAGCCUGAACUUGAUCCUCGAUGACGGUGGUGACCUCACUGCCCUCGUCCACAAGAAGUACCCUGAGAUGCUCAAGGACUGCUACGGUGUCUCUGAGGAGACCACCACUGGUGUCCACCACCUCUACCGCAUGUUGAAGGGCAAGGGUCUCCUCGUCCCCGCCAUCAACGUCAACGACUCCGUCACCAAGUCCAAGUUUGACAACUUGUACGGUUGCCGUGAGUCGCUCGUCGACGGUAUCAAGCGUGCCACCGACGUCAUGAUUGCUGGCAAGGUCGCCGUCGUCGCUGGUUUCGGUGAUGUCGGUAAGGGUUGCGCCCAGGCUCUCCACAGCAUGGGUGCCCGUGUCAUCGUCACCGAGAUCGACCCCAUCAACGCCCUCCAGGCUGCCGUUUCCGGCUUCCAGGUUACCACCAUGGAGAAGGCCGCUCCUCAAGGUCAGAUCUUCGUCACCACCACUGGUUGCCGUGACAUUCUGACUGGCGCCCACUUCGAGGUUAUGCCCAACGACGCCAUCGUCUGCAACAUCGGUCACUUCGACAUCGAAAUCGACGUUGCGUGGCUCAAGAAGAACGCCAAGUCCGUCACCAGCAUCAAGCCCCAGGUCGACCGCUACUUGAUGAACAACGGCCGCUACAUCAUCCUCCUCGCUGAGGGCCGUCUUGUCAACUUGGGAUGCGCCACUGGCCACUCUUCUUUCGUCAUGUCCUGCUCUUUCACCAACCAGGUCCUUGCCCAGAUUAUGCUGUACAAGGCCUCUGAUGAGGAGUUCGGCAACAAGUACAUCGAGUUCGGCAAGACCGGCAAGCUCGAUGUCGGUGUCUACGUUCUGCCCAAGAUUCUCGACGAGCAAGUCGCUCUUCUCCACUUGGCACACGUCAACGUUGAGCUCUCCAAGCUCAGCGAGGUCCAGGCCGAGUACCUUGGUCUCCCUGUUGAGGGUCCUUUCAAGAGUGACAUCUACCGUUACUAG